UUGAUCAUUUCUAUUGCUUCCUUAUCAUUAGUGGCUGCAGCAUUACUUACCGAUUAUUGGUCUGAAAGUAAGCCCAUCAAUAAGAACUUCAAUUUAGCGAAUAAUUAUGUCAAUUCAGGUCUUUUCAAAGGUAGUCGACAAUUAGAUUGGGGAUUAGAAUCACGUUAUAAGUCUUUAUCAGUAUAUGAAGAAUUACUUGACCGUGUAGAUUUCGUAUCCAAAGUUCCAUGGCUUUUUAUGAUAUUUUUUAUGGCCAUUGGAAUGUUAUGGAAUUUUGUGAGAGCAAUUGUAGCAUUAUUCAAUACCAUAGCAGCAGAAGUUGAAAAUGUUACUCAGUUUCUCGUUCUACUUUGUGACUACAGCACUUGCAUCAUUGCUAAUUCAUGCUUACUGGUUUACAUAAGCUCACCAAAUAAACCAACACGAUGUAAUUUUUCAUGGAAUGGUCCCUCCAACUUGACUUAUCCAUUUCUUUCGUUGCAUAUAGGUGAGAAAGUAAACGUCGCAUGCAGUUCUCAUGACUGGUCUUAUGGCAGUAGCUUAGAAAAUGAAGAAGGAUUUGGGAUAUUUCCGAAUAGUGCGGUAACUUUGUGCAAUGAAUCAACUCCAUCUAUAUCAAAAGAAGCCAUUGAGAUUGUCAAGGAACUCACUGAUGUUCUUCAAGAAUGGUGGCCUACAGUCAAAAAUACUUAUUGCAACCAAACAAGAAUGGAGUGCCAGGAUGAGGUGCUGGUAUAUAUGGAAGAUCUGAUGGUUAUGCGUAAAAAGAUACUUUCGGGUAAUGUUCCUAUUGAAGAACUGAAAGAAAUGAGAUUGGAACUAGCUAAGAAAAUCGACUUAGGUAACCAAUGGUUGGGUCUUGACAUGCUUAUAAGAGAUGAUAUGGGAAGAAAAAUGGAUAGUGAUACGAUAUCAGCAGUACAGAUGUACCGCGCUCAUGUGAAUGCUGCCAGCAGAAUUUUGAAUGACUCAAAACCAAGUGAUACACCUGGAGUAACUGCUUUUUCCCUUUUGAUCGAUGCGCUUUCUGCAACAGUUGACGUGAAAUCAGAUUGCGAAUUUACAUUAUCUUUAUAUGAUACCUCCGAAAAGAAGAUUAUAUCGGAAAACUUUAUAUUUCACUGGAGUUCUGCUACAAAUAAUUUAACAAAUUAUGCAAACAGGGCUUUAUUUCACGAUCUCGGAUCAAAAGAAUAUCCUUCGUCAUUAGCAGAUUCUCAUCGCUUACUGCUUUGUAUCAGAGUUGCUCGAAUAGCUCCAAUUGAACCCAUGUCUUCAACUCUAAAGAAACAUUUUGAUCCAGGUCCUCCUCAGCUCUGGCCCCGACAACCAUAUGCUGCUGCAGUUCUGGAUCUAUCGAAUGUUAUUCGUAGUUCUCAUGGUACUACAGAACAUAUUAUACCUUUGAAUCGUGAUGAUAGCUUAGAGCAGCUUGUAAUGAGAGCAAACACUGCGAGAACAAAUAAUUCUUUGAAAGUAGUUAAUGGAGACUUAUCUGCUUUUGGACGAGCCCAGUUAAUGAUCUCAACAGAAGUUCUCCUUGGUUCGCUUUUACAAGUAAAGAAAACGCAACCUCAAGUGUUUUCAAGUAAUCCACCUCUUGAAUUAAGAAAGCUGUCUUUCGCAGAUGUUAUUUUAGCAGAUGAUAUUCGAAAUGAUUUGUAUGUUACAUUGUUACAAGGAGAUUUGCAUGGUAAUAAAGGUUCAGACAAAAAUAUUGAAGCAAGAAUAACAGUAGUUGAUACAACUGGAAUCGUUAAAAACAGUAUCGUUAUGAUUACUGCAGAGGGAGUGCACUGGAACACUACAUAUCAGAGUUUAGUUUUUUAUCAUGAUGAUAAACCAAAGUGGAAUGAAACUGUGAAAAUACAAAUCCCAGAAAACAUUGAUCAAAAUAUUCAUCUUCGGAUAACUUUCUAUCAUAAAAAGUGCUUCGAUAGAGCGAAGCAAGAAAAAGGACCGUUUGCAUUAGCAUUUGCUCGUAUAAUGGAAGGUGCAACUUUGAUCAAGGAUGGCUUGCAUGAAUUACUCGUUUAUAAGAUCGAAACAGGACGUUUUGAUGAUAAUGAUACCAGUUAUACUCGCUUGCCUGCUACACGAAGCGAACUUAAAGCUUCUCAAUCUCAGUUAAGGCCUCAAACAACUACUUUUGUUCAUGGGGAGAAAAAUUUUCUUACUAUCGAAACUGUAACUUGUUCUACUACGCUUACCCACAACAAAAGCCUUUUAGAUAUACUUAGAUGGAAGCAAAAUAGAAGUAAUCUCAAAGAAAGACUGGAAGAAAUUUCACGACCAAGAGGCUUAGCAGUCGGUGAGGAAUUGGUGAAGUUCAUUCCUAAUUUUUGCGAUGCGCUUUUCGAAAUUUUGGAUCAUUAUCCUGACUACGACAGCUUAGUGUUUGAUGCUUUGGUUUCUUUGAUACAGCUUGUCAGUGAAGAGCGUUAUAAAAACUUCCGUCCAGUCCUUGAAAAAUAUGUCGAGAACUUUCAUUCAACUGUGGCGUUUGUGUAUUUAUUGAAGUUUAUUGAUAAAAUUUGGAAUUUAGAACUGUCAAAACUGUCAUAUAUGUAUAUGGCAUCUAAGAAAACAUUUUUGUUUAGAAAAUUGCUACCAGUUCUUCGUGAACGGAUCGAAAAUGCUGAAGACACGCACGAAAGAUCGUUGAAUACCAUGAAAAGUCUUGGCACUCUUAUUAAAUUGAUUGUUAGAUCAAAGUUAUGCAGUGACAGACUGGGUAUAACUUCUAAUAAUUUCCGACACUUAAUCGAUGAACUUUUGGAAGCGUUUGUUACUUUUAUGCAAAAUAAGCGCGUACGGAUGACUUGCCAAAACAUGGCUUUAAAACACAUACCAGCGAUCAUUCCUCAUCUUAUUUUCUGUGGUGUUUAUGAUAGUGAUAGUCUCACAAAUUUUUUGGUGAAGUUAAUGGAUCAUCUUGGUGAAAACAUCAGUUCAAGAUGCCGCUUGAAUUUUUUGAAGGAUAUAGUGCAGACAGAACACUUUAUUGAAGAAGAAAAUCGGAAGAAAUUGCUUCCAAAAAUCAUCGAAAAAGUUGUUGAGGAGCUUGAAACCUCUGAUUUUCUGCAUCUACAGGAUGUUGCGUCUGAUUAUUCGAAAGUAGAGGAAUGUAUAUCUGCAAGUGCUGACAUCAUGUUUCACAUCAUUGAACGUCUUUUUUGUUCUGCGGAAUCCAUUUAUGAACAGGGAAGUGAAGAAGAACUGUUCCUCAUCGUAUCAAAAUCAUUUCGCACUAUAGUACAAACAACCAUAGUUUUAAUCACUGCAAAAUAUUCUGCUUGCGUGUUCUGUGCUCUUACAAUUGCAAUUCUUAGCAAAUUGUCGGCACAAAUGUACAAAAAUUAUCUAGAAAGUCAUUCUACUCAUAUUGAUAAGCAUGAUUUGCUGAUGGAGCUUGUUCAUCUUUUUCGUGAUCUCAUCAACAAGUCACCGUUUCCAAGCUCCUGGUUUCAAAUGAUAUUGUUGCAAGACAGGCAAGUUGUAGUUUACUCUGCAUUAUUAUUAAGUUCUUAUAGAAAUUACGUGCAGUGUUUAGUUGCAAAAAUAUCCUUUAAUUUGUUCAGAGUAAUUUUAAAAACGAUGAAAUUCAUCAUGUCUACAGUAAUAAAACACUUCCACGACGAUCAGUUUGAUGCUGAACUGUGGCGAGAAUAUAUGUUAACGAUGGUUGCGCUUUGUACACAAAGAGCUUUGCAGCUAGGUUCGCAAACAAUCAGUGAGCGACGGUCACGACUUCUCUCUUCUCAACCAGAUUUACGAAGGAUAGCGGUUGCUGAUUUACGCUCCAUGUGGUUCCGUUUGUCAAUGGCACAGAAAAUUCUGUAUGUACCAUCUAUGAUUGGUGCCUAUCUUCGAGUUGCUCUUGUCGAUGAUGACGUUGUACGCGAGACUAUUGUGCCAAUAUUUUUCGAUAUGCUUCAGUGUGAAUUUCAUGCAUCGCCUCUGCGUAAUUUCUCCAAAUUUGCAAACGAAACGAUUAUGCAGCUUGAUUGCUUAGUUGAUGAAGAUCGUGGUGGAGAAAAAUUCAGAACACAGCUUAGGAACAUAAUGAUGGAUAUGUGUCGUUCAGAUAUUGAUUUGGUUACAGAAGGUUGUAAAUUUGUGGCUUUAGUUGAUACUCUACUACAGCAUCUCUUUGAAUAUCGUGAGGUGCGAACUAAUGGUUAUUGCAUAGAAAAUGGAAUGGACCGAACUGUUGAACUACUGAAGUUUUACAAACUCAUUGGUCAACCGGAUUUAUAUGUCAAUUAUGUUUAUAAGCUUUAUGAUCUACACAUGCUGAGCAACAACAAAAUUGAGGCAGCCUUCACUCUUCUUAAGCAUGCUGAAACAUUGUCAUGGGCCGAAAGUGAUCUACCGGUUGCUCUUGUAGACGCUCAUUUAAAUCGUCAAUGUGCCACACAACGUCAGCUGAAAGAAGUUCUUUAUAAUGAAGCAGCAAAUCUUUUUGAUGAGAAAGAACUAUGGGAAGAAUCUAUUAGUAUUUUGAAAGAACUGACGUUUCAGUAUGAAAAAUACUUUGAGUAUGAGAAAUUGCCAAGCCUUCUUCAACGCCUUGCUGAACUAUAUCAUAAAGUGAGCACACAGGGACGAGUAGCUUGUACAUAUUUCUUUGUUGGAUUUUAUGGUCUCAGUUUUCCAAGCUAUUUAAAUGACCGGCAGUUUAUUUACCGAGGAAAUGAAUGUGAAGCUAUUGUUAGUUUUCGUCAUCGAAUGCUGUCAACUUUUCCUGGUUCUCAGCUUAUUAAUACGAUGGAUGAUUGUUCACAACUUUCAAAACGUGAUGGCAAAUUUUUGCAAAUUUUCCCUGUAAAACCGAUUUUUGAAAGCAAUUGGGAAAGGAAGUGUAGCAAUCGUUUGAUUCGAUGGUAUUUCAAAAAUAAUAGAGUACGAAAUUUCGAGUUUUGUAAGGGUGAGAUUCGGAAAGAAACAAAGUGGACUUUAUUAGAAGAUAAUGAAAUAAUGCGAUCAUGGGUGAUUCGACGAUCAGUUUCGAUCGAGGAACAAUUACCUAACAUUUUGCGGUGGUCACAAAUAACUGCUUUUUCAGAUCCAAUUGAGUGUUCUCCAUUGAUGGAGGCCGUUACUACAAUGCGAAAAAAUAAUGAGGAAAUGGAAGAAAUGGCACACGUAGUUCUUUCCACUCCGUUGGAAUCUGUUGUUCCAUUAGGUGGUAAAAUUCGAGGCAUUGUGCAGGCAUUUGUUCAAGGAGGAAUCAGAAAUUACAAAAUAUUUUUCUCUGAUCGGUGUGCUGCAGUUUUGACAUCCGAGGAAUCUGAGCUUGUAAAAAAUCUGAAAAUGUUGAUUAGGAAUCAGGUACCAAUUUUGGAAUUUUGUCUGUACGCUCAUGCAUCAAGAAACCAUCAAGUAAAUGCUCAGUUUCACGAGUCACUUGUGACUUCGUUUUAUGAGUAUAAGGCGAAUAUUGAAAAACAAUUUGGAAGAGUGGCGUCACAACUUCCACCGAAUUGUUCUAUUCAUCUUGUACAACAACGAGAAGAUCGGCGAACUAGUAGUUUUGAAACUUCUAGUACUCCAUCUGUUAUGAGCGUAUUCAAAAGAGGUGGCGCUACUAAAAGUGGAAGAACAACUCCCAGGAAAUCAAGUGGUCUAAGAUCUGAUCUGAAAAAUGCAUUUGAAAAUGGAAUCGCGAAACGAAUUUCGUCGUCAUCAGACCGUAGCUUUGACAACAUGUCUAACGAAAAUAGCUCAACUGCUAGGUCCACUGUAGACUUCUCUCGUUUUGAGCAUUCCCUCAAAUCUAUUUCUACGUCAUCUUUGCAAAUGACGGAGGGUGAUGCUACACUAAAGUCGGUAAAGUCAAUUGAGAGAUCUGCUGAUGUGCAAGUAACGCCGCCUCCAUUACCCCCUCGACAUGCAAAAGCACCCUUACCGAUGUUCUUGUAA